AUGUUGAUCUCAGAAACACACUUCACAAAUAAAAACUAUAUAAAAAUUCCAAACUAUACCAUUUACGAUACCAAGCACCCUAGCGGAAGAGCGCAAGGUGGGACAGCCGUUAUUAUAAAAAUAACUAUUAAACAUCAUUUAACUGGAAUAAAUGAAGACGAAUUUAUACAAGCUACCAAUGUAACUCUGAAUGAUCAAGAAGGAUCCAUUAUAGUCUCAGCUGUAUAUUGUCCACCUAAGCACUCAAUAAAAACAGAGUUGUUCCAAAAAUUCUUCAAAAGCCUGGGCCACCGCUUUAUCGCUGCCGGAGAUUUCAACGCCAAACACUCAUGGUGGGGGUCUCAUUCCUUGACACCUACCCCACGAGGCCGUCAAUUAUAUGCAACACUACAGGCAGAAAACUUAACUCCAAUUUCAAUCGGAGAGCCCACCUACUGGCCCUCAGAUUUAAAGAAGUCCCCUGAUCUACUUGAUUUUGCAAUCAUAAAAAGCAUUGAUCCAAAAUGUUUUAUCGCUAAAUCAUGUCUGGACCUUUCAUCAGAUCAUUCACCGGUUAUUAUCACGUUUACUCAACAAAUUACUAUGUCACAAAAAAUACAACACCUAUAUAAUGGGAAAACCAAUUGGACAAAAUAUAAGUUAUAUUUAGAUAAAAAUCUAAAUUGCAACAUCCCACUUAAGAAUCCUACAGAACUAGAAAACACAAUUGAAGGAUUCAACACACUAAUUCACAAGGCAGUUAACGAAGCUACUCCAACAGUCGCUCUUUUAAAAAAAUCUCAAAACAUAUCUAAAAAUAUUCUAGCAAAAAUUCAAGAGAAAAGGCAAUUACGAAAAACAUGGCAAAUCACGCGAACUAAAUUGAACAAAACAAAACUUAACAAAAUAACUAAAGAACUUAAAUCCCUACUUAUUACAGAGAAAAACAAGUCCAUUCAAAAUUAUCUCGAACAAUUAACUGCUACGGAAGCAACAAACUAUUCUUUAUACAAAGCUACAAAAAGACUGAAACAACCUCAGCUACAUAUUCCACCAAUCAAAAAGAAUAAUGAAAUGGGCAAGAAGCGAAUCUGA